GCACUUCCAAUUGACUCAAGAUGUAGACUCAGACCUCUUGUUUAUAUCUGCGUAUUAUCCCCUGUGCUGUAUAAUAUACCCGCUCUUAUUUCCAAUGAUUGGGAAAUUCGCAAUUGUUUCCACAGGGUCUACAGUUCGCGUCUGUUUGUUGGAUAUUUCAAAGCCAUGUCCCGUUGGGUGAGAUCGUUCUCAUCCCUCCCUUAUAGGCUCUCCAGCGGGACAAAUGCUGGUUCUCCAGGUUUCGAAAUCUUCCGGGAUGUCCUACCCCUCCGCGAAUACCGGAGAAACCUCCUCCUUUCGAAGAAAACAGUCGGAUUGGUUCCUACGAUGGGCGCCCUGCACGAAGGGCACCUUUCCCUAAUCCGACAAGCGGCUAGAGAGAAUACAGAUGUCGUCGUUAGUAUUUAUGUCAACCCCACACAGUUUGGAGUCAAUGAAGACCUGGAAAGCUAUCCGCGGACGUGGGCAGAGGAUAUCCAAAGGCUCCAGGAGUUGGACCGCGAACUUUCCCUCGCUGGAGCCAAAGACCAAUCUGCAGCUCCUCCGGGACGUAUUAGUGCCGUUUUCGCGCCAACGACGAAAGUCAUGUACCCAACCCUUCCGCCAACGUCUGAAAUAAACGGAAACGGAUCGUUUGUUACCAUUACGCCUCUGGCCAGUUUGCUCGAAGGAGCAUCCCGUCCCGUGUUCUUCCGUGGAGUCGCAACCGUUUGUAUGAAACUGUUCAACAUAGUCACGCCGGAACGCGUUUACUUUGGCCAGAAAGAUGUGCAGCAAACGGUGGUGAUCAGGCGCAUGGUUAAAGACCUCUACGUGAACACGGAAGUGAAGAUUGGGCCCACUGUUCGUGAACCCGAUGGGCUUGCCCUUAGCUCCCGGAAUGUCUACCUGGGCUCCCGACGACGAAAGGUUGGCCUCGUCCUUUCGGCCGCCUUGCGACAGGCUGAGAGAGCGUAUUCUUCCGGUAAACACUCUAGGGAAGAUAUUCUCAGAGCUGCGCGCAGGAUUUCAGAUGCUAUUUCCAAGGAACAGGAAAACCUUCAACCGUUUCAACGAGCAAGAUUUGAAGUGGACUACAUUUCCCUUGCGCACCCCGAAUCGCUCGAAGAGCUGGAUGCGGUCGAUAGCUCGAAGGGAGCGGUGUUGAGUGGCGCAAUUAAAAUGUACCCUCUCGAAGAUCCGCAACCCGGGGAGGACUGCGGACUGGGUGAAGGCACUGUUCCAGUGAGGCUAAUUGAUAACAUAAUUCUUCCGCCGAAGCCUUGACUUGUUCAGUGGUUUGGUGAAUCUUUUGGAUUCUAAUUCUCUGUUGAGAUCAACUCCAAUAUACCCUCGCCACAUAUAAAGGACAUUUACGAUUGAAUUAUAUACUUUACAACGGAAGACACUGUACAUACACGUUGAUUAUGACAAGCAAGAUCCUAUAUACAGUACGGAGUAGGAGUACAUAUGCAGUAACA